CCUUUUUCCUGCACCCCACAGGGGUUUGGGGGGGAUCUGGGUGCUUUUCCCAGUGCAGGAUGUGUCCCUGCACCCCCAGUUCGCAGGGUCCGGCCCGGCAUCGCUAGCUGGGGGCCCGGGCAGGUCGCGCUGUGGCUGGGGCCGCAUCCUGCGCGGGCAGAGCAGCUCUGCUCCUCCUGCCCCGACGGAGGUAGGUGCUGGGGCACAGCAGGCACGAAGCCUGGCCCCGCUGCUCCCCUUCCCCACAGCAUCCUGGGGGCUUUUCUGUCCCGAUCCCCCUGGGGCGCAGGGGGGCUGCGGGUCCCUGUCCCCUCCUGCAGGCUCCACUGACCCACGGCACAGUGACACUGUGGGACCCCCAGGGGACGUCCGGAGGAGAUGGUGACACGGCAUCGGGGAGCUGGUGGUGACCGUGCUCCGCACGUGGUGAUGGAGAGCAGCUGUCCCGGAGCAGCGGGGCCGUACCCAGCACAGCAUCCUUCAGCGGGCGUAUUUAAGGCUGAGCACCCAGAGGGCUGGGGCAGAGGAGCUCUCACUGCACAGACGCCAGCCCCAACUGCUGCCGACCGGGGAGAUGCUGCCCGCCACCUUCAAGCUGUGCGCUGCCAUCUCCUACCGCCACCUGCGCAACAUGACCGGUCUCCGACGACAAGCCGCGGUCGCCAUCAGCCAGGAGCUGAGCAGGCUGGCCUGCCGCAGCGCGGGGCCCAGCACGUGGAUUAACCAGGUCCGCCGAAGGAGCUCCCUGCUCAGCUCGAGGCUGGAGGAGAAGCCCUUCAGCGAGGUGGAGAUGUCUUACAUCAAGCAAGGAGAGGAAGCCCUCCAGAAAUCGCUCAGCAUCCUCGGGGAUCAGGACGGCUGGAAGACAGAGACGGUGGUGGAUAACGGAGACAAAGUGCAGAGCAAGGUGCUGCCUGACGUGGGCAAGGUGUUCCGCCUCGAGGUGGUGGUGGACCAGCCCCUGGACGCGGUGUACAGCGAGCUGGUGGACAACAUGGAGCAGAUGGGAGACUGGAACCCCAGCGUCAAAGAGGUCAAGAUUCUGCAGAAGAUUGGAACAGACACGGUGAUCACCCACGAGAAGGCGGCUGCUACCCCCGGAAACAUUGUUGGACCGCGGGACUUUGUCAGCGUCCGGUGCGCUAAGCGACGCGGCUCCACCUGCGUCCUGGCCGGCAUGUCCACCAAGUACGGGGCCAUGCCAGAACAGCAGGGCUUUGUAAGAGCUGAGAACGGUCCCACGUGCAUGAUCCUGCGCCCGGUGGCUGGCGACCCUUCGCAAACCAAGUUGAUAUGGCUUCUUAGCAUUGACCUGAAGGGCUGGCUGCCGAAGACCAUCAUCAACCAGGUUCUGUCCCAGACGCAGGUGGACUUCGCCAACCACCUCCGGGAGCGCCUGGCCCGCACGGUGGCAGUGAGCUGCUGACUGCGCCCGGCCCCGAGGCAGCACCUGCCCUCCUGCACGGACUAGUAUUUAAUGCUUUGUUCAGGGGUAAAAGUAGGGAUCUUGGUAAUUAGGUAAGUCAGACACAGUUUAACUCCAGCCUGUUCUAACAAGCCAGGCCUUUAAUAGCAGACAUUACUAAUAAAGCUUUAACUAAUUAGCCGGGAGCUCCUAGGAGCCUGAUUUAGAAGACGAGCCCAGCCAGCACAUGCUCAGAGUGCACGUGCAGGACAACCUGAAAUUUUACUCCCUUCAGGUAUUGUGUUUGCACAUACAGCAUGUGCUGGCCCAGCCUUCUGCAUCAGUUAAAGCUUUAUUAGUAAUGUCUGCUAUUAAAGGCCUUGGCUAAUUAGUUAUUAGGGCAGUCCCAGGAGCCUGAUUCAGAAGGCGGGGCCAGCCAGCACCUGCUCAGUGUACAAACACAGGACUUAACCUAAAAUUCAUUCCCCUCCUUUCCCCAGUGAAGCAGCUCUAACUUAUUUGACUAUAAUUAUGCAUGUCUUUACAGGAAAAUUAUUUAUUCAAAGCUCUGUAAUGAUGGUCAGUGGCAGGAGUCCCUGUAACGAUAGUCAGUGCUUUCAUACAGUUAGCUGGAGGAGAGCUUCAGAUUUAAAGUAGCUACUUUGAGUUUACAGGUUACGAAUGAAACUAGAUAUCUAAACAAAAAAAGAAUCACAAGACAAAAAUAUAAGAGUUUAAAGAAAGGUUUAUUUUUAAACUGGCUGCCAGUUCAUGUAAAAAAAAAUACAGUUUGGGCAGAAGCCCAAAUUUCAGUCUUACAUGCAGUAGUCUUGCUACAACACAAUCCUUCUGGAUGGAAGCUGUUUACAAUUAGCCAAACACAGGUGAGCAGAAGUGUCAAUGUUGCUUCUGCGCGUAUACAUACAGCAGGUAGGUCCAACUGCAGCCUGCUCUCACUGAAAAAUGACUGUUACAACCCCAGUACAUCAGAUGAGAAGUAUCUCAACACAAUAGUUGCUUCUUCAGCUAGCUACGCCGUAAGAAGUUACUGAAGACUCCGAGAGAUGCUCACAAAUAGCACAAUACAUAUUAGAACUGCAUUCACUUAGACUCCAGCAGAGGGGUAGCGCAUGAACCUUCAGCAGGUAACAAAUAUACAUACAAAAUGCCUGCCACCAAGAGCUGCAUUGGCUUCAUCACGUUUGUUCAUUGACAGAUUGUUCUGAGUGAUGCACAUUCUCCUAGAAUAAAACCCACUUGAUUUGA